AUGGGAUUUACACAGGCUCUCGUUUUCGCGCUGGCCGCCGCCACCAUUGAAGGCGCCUGCGCACCGGGUGCAGGAGGAGCAGCCGCCUCGCCUCAGAACAUGGUCGUGAGCCAGGCCCCCGACUUUGUGCGCCCCUACGUGCUCCCCAAAUACAGGGGACGCUCCAUCAUGCUCUCCCAGGCCGAGGUGUUGCGCUUCGCCAUCACCACCAACUCCAGCGGCGGCGCCUUCUCCAUGAUCCAGCACAACGGCCAGUUCAACAACAACGUCUCGGCGCGCUACCACGACCACCACAACGUCCACGAACACCUCUACUGCGCCAGGGGCCGCGUCCAGUUCUGGGCCCAGAAGAACACAUCCGAGGGGGAGCAAGAGGCGCGACAGGCCACCCCGGGCGACUACGCCAGUCUGCCGACCGGCACCAUCCACACGUUCCAGCUCGUCGAUCCCGAUGCGCAGCUAACCCACGUCUUCCACCCCGCGGGCUUCGAGCACCUGUUCGACGUCUUCUACGGCGAGGGCAAGUACAGCUCGAGCGUCUCGGCGCCCUACCUCGCCACCGCCUUCGACGAGUCGCCGUUUGCCGGCACACUCUCGCCCGAGGCCAUCGCCAGCCUCAACUCGCUGGACCUGUACCUGCACGACAACUUCGUGCCGCGUCGCGACUUCGUCAACGGCACCGCCGGCGACAGCCGCCUCAACUGGCACAACGGCCCCAACGAGCUGCCGAGCAAGUACGGCGAGCCCUACGCCAUCGCCAAGGACUACGGCCCCAAGUUCCUCAACGCGGAGAACGGAUACAAGAUUGUCCAGCCGUUUGCCGACAAGAAUACCGAAAAGGACUUCACCAUGGGCACGGUCAUUCUGUCGCCCAAGCUUGAUAACGAGACGGUAACCACGACCACUCUGCCGCACCACUUUGCCCUGCAGAUGGAAGACGGCCAUCUUAUUCUGGCUGUUGACGGAUACGAGUCCGUUGCCUUGCUCCACGGCGACGUCGCGUUCAUCCCUGCCGGAACCCGAUUCUCCUACCAUGCCGACGUCCCUUAUACCAAGUUCAUGUACAUGAAUAAUGGCACCCAGGGCUUGGAUCACCAGCUGAUGCAGAAGGCUGUGCCUUGGGGCUGGCCUACGUAUCCCCACUACGCUGGUUACAAGGCGUAA